GUUUGUUUUCAUUCAAAAGACACGCCCCCUUCCUGUGCAUGGUAAUUUUUAUGGGCAUGAAUUUUUACAUUUUAAAUUAAUUUUUGUUGCCGUUUUGGAAGUUCUCAAAUCAACGCUGUUACAUGAUUAAGAGGCCGCUUGGACGAGCAGAACAUGAGAGUACGUCAUAAUGCAUAAUCACGGUGAGUCGAAAAGUUUCGCUCAUCGUGAUGUAAAAAGCUACAUGCGAGGUGGGAGCAGCGGCAGUUUGAACUUUGUGCCUCUGUUACAGAUUAUGGUAUCGCGAUCAGUUUGUGUUUAUCUGAGUAACAAAUUCCAAACCCUUCAGAAAACAAACAAAAACGCGAUUCGCUCUAAUCGAGUAGAGAUUUUCCGUGAGGGUCAACAUUGAUAGCAAAGCCUGCAGUUACAAUGCAGAAAAAGUCCAGUCGGUCAGUAUUUGCCACAACCAAAGAGAAGACCUUUGCCAAGGAUGACACGCUGCCGCCCUUGCCAGUGCCUGAUCUCAAAAAGACUAUCGACAAGUACCUCGAGUCCGUCAAACCUCAUGUUGAUGGUGCUGCUUAUAAAAAGACAGAACGCAUAGCCAGAGAUUUUGAAAAUGGUGUCGCAAAAACCCUGCACCAAAAACUGUUGGAAAAAGCAAAAAAGGAGAAAAAUUGGGUCAGCAAAUAUUGGGACACUUAUGCCUACCUGACCCUCCGGGAACCUCUGAUUCCCUAUUACAGCAUGGGAGGUGCGUGGGACAGAGGGGCUGUGCCCUGGCCCAAGGGUGCAACCAUGCCUCAGCAAGCUGCACUUUAUACCUACUUUUUGAUGGAGUUUUGGCAGCUUCUGAAGAACCAGCAGUACGUGCCUCACAGGUCUGUGGACGGCCGACCCUUCAGCAUGGCCAACUUCCGCAACCUGUUCAACACUGGCCGCGCAGCAGGAGAACACGUCGACGCCAUUCGCAGCCACUUUACAACUGACGAUUCCUGUCCGUCCCAUCUUGUUGUGAUGUGCAGGGGCCGCUUCUUUGUUUUCGACGUCAUGAGCGGACACUCGGGCCUCCUCACGCCACCUGAACUUGAGGUGCAGUUCGAGCGCAUCCUUGAAGCUUGCAUCAGUGACGGCGACGGCGUCGCCACUUUGACUUGCGACAACAGGCCCCAGUGGGCCAAGAAUAAAAACUGGUUGAUGCAAAUCAGUUCCAAUAACCGAAAGAUACUUGACCUUAUCGAGUCGGCCAUUACCAUCAUCGCCAUGGAAACUGAUGAGGGCAUUUUUGACCAAGAGGCAGGACUGAGAUAUUCCUUGGGAGGAGGCAACCUGGCCAAUCACUGGGUUGACAAAAGCAUGGCCAUCACAACAUUCCCCUGUGGAUCUGUUACAUCCCUUUGCGAUCAUGCUGCGUAUGAUGGAAUGGUCAGCAUCUCCAGUUUCAUCUACGUGCAGCACGCAAUAGAAGAGAUGAACGGUCAGUGGAUCGGAGACCGAAAAGUUCUCCAAAACAUGAAAGCGCCUGUGGAAAUUACCUUUGACGUUGAUUCCAUAAUCAAGAGUGAGAUUGCUCGCGUGAGCCGGGAAGCCGAAGCCGUCAAAAAUCCAGUCUGCGUCACAAGGAAAGCGUUUGACGGGUACGGCAAGCGGUUCAUGCAGACCCAGAAACUGCACCCCGACGCCUGGAUUCAAUUGGCUAUCCAGCUUGCAUUCUACAAAAUUCACAAUAAAUUUGCUCCGAUGUACGAAACUGCCACGACAAGACAGUACUUUGAAGGCAGAACUGAAACUGUUCGAUCUUGCAGUCUGGAGGCUGUUGCGUGGAUCAGUGAAAUGGCAAAGCAAAAUCCAAAUCUCCAGAAUUGCAAGGCCUUAUUCAUUAGUGCUGUCAACAAACACAAUGCCAUGAUGAAAGAAGCUCGAAAUGGCUUUGGCUGUGACAGACACUUGUUUGGCCUGCAGUGUUUAGCAUUUGAGAAUGACAUUCCAACCCCUGAAAUUUUCACAGAUCCAUCGUGGAAACUGAGCGGGGGAAGUGGUAAUUUUUACCUGUCCACAAGUCUGCUAGGCUACCAGCCAAAUGGUGGUACCGUGGCACCAAUGUGCCUUGAUGGCUACGGUUGUUUUUACAACAUCUUGAACGACCAAGUCUUCAUUUCCAUUAGCGCUUGGAAAGCCAGCACAGAAACAAGUUCCGAGAAGCUGUUUUUCCAAUUCGAAGCGGCUUUGGAUCAGAUCCAGAAAGUUUUGCUCAGCGGUGCUGCAAAAAUGUGAUUGAUUUGUUGCACGGAAUUUCUUAUUUUUUAUAGUUGCAGUUAAGUUGUUGCCUAGUUUUAUUUUUUAAAUCUAACAAAUAAUAUUAAUCAAUGAAGUGCUAUUAAAAAAAAUUGAAUGUGAUUUUUUCUUUAAGUUUGGAAAGUGCUUUUACAUGUUAACUGGAGCCAGAAAAAUUCCCUCUUUUAAAAUAUUCUACUACUGCUGCUGCAAUUUUAGAAAAUUUCAAAUUUAUCUAUCCUGAGCCUAACGUAAAUUGCAAUGUAAUAAAUUUCCUAAAAUUUUAAAAAUUUACAGCAAAUUUGCGCUACCAGCUUCACUUUUCAGUCACAGACAAACUACACUAAUAAUUACUGCCACAGUUGUAAAAAUUUUAAUAAAUAUUGUUCGUUUCUUAAUAAAAGAAUCCAGUUUUAAA